AUGUCGGCCGCCGACGAACAAAGGCCCAACGGCCACCCACAUUCCGCCGACCCGUCCACCUCUGCCGCCGCAACCUCGGCGCCACCAACAGAUUUCGGCGCCGCUCAGCCUUCGACAACAACAGCAACCUCUGAGCCGAUUGAGAACCUCAACGGUCACACGGUGAAUGGCACCGCAGCCGACGGUCCCACGACAAACGGCCACGCACCCAAUGGCACAACUCACGCCCCGGCGGCCCUCAACGGCAAUGCUACUACCCACGAUGCGCCGGACCUGAACGGGCACUCGUCACCUUCGCCCAACGGCGCGCCCGCCGCCGCCGCCGCCGCCGCCGCCACCGCCAACCAGCAGAUUAAUGAUGGCACAGUCCCAUCAACAACAAACGGUGGGCCGCCAACCAACGAGCAUGAGCCCAAGCACGGCGAGGGAGCUGCCCUCGAGAACAAGAUCGAGGGCGUACAGAACCCGGAUGCUAACGGUCACAAGCCGCCCAACGAGAAGCCCCAUCACCACUCUAGCGAUCUCAAGGGCCUCUACUCCGAGGGUAAAGAAAAGGUCAAGGACAAGACCAAGCCCUCUGGCGGCUUCGAUCCGACACCCUUACCCGACGCGCCCCCGGGCUACACCGUGCGAUUCAUCUUCCACAAGGCGACCAACCUCCCCGCCGCCGACAUUGGCACCCAGUCCUCCGACCCUUUUAUCCACGUCACCCUCCGCGCCGCCGUCCCGAAGCGCCACAAGGAGGACCCGGACCUCACCCUACGUACCCAGACCAUCCGGAAGACGACGGAGCCCGUCUGGGAUACCGAGUGGGUGGUGGCCAACGUCCCUGCCGACGGCUUCAUCCUCAAAUGCCGCCUCUACGACGAGGACUGGCCCGACCACGACGAUCGUCUCGGCAACGUCACCGUCAGGGUCCCGCACGUCGGUCCGGACUGGAAGGGUUACCCGCGCCCCGGCCAGGAGUUCACGGCCAAGAAGCGCAUGGGCAGCAAGCGGGCUUACUUUGUCAAGGCCAUCACCAGCCACUUUGAUCCGCGCGUCGACAUGUCCCCCAGGCUGUGGAUUAGUAUGGAGCUCCUCGGACAGUCUGAUCCGCCACAUGCGCAGAUGUGCACCCUUGGGCCCACCACCUACUUUAAGCACUUUAGUCCAAUGAUUGGGCGUCUUACUGGUAUCAAGGUCAACCGAGAUGAGGAGAAUGAUGGCCGGUCCGACUUGUUUGACGAACCAGAAAACAAGGAAAAGGACAACAAGACCCAGAAAUACGACUUCCAAUCAAACGAGAUGCAGCUCUCAGGACCCGUCCCUCCCGAGCUCUACCACCGCUACGUCGAGUUCCGCCCCAUGAUUGGCCUCAUGUUCGCAAAGAGCGGCCUGCGCGGCCGCAUUCUCAACAAGGCCCUGCACAAGCAGCACAGCCGCGUCUACAAUUUCGACAGCUCGACAGAGUACGGCGUCUUCAAGGCCCGCUCCGAGGAGGCCGCGCUUCAGUUCCUCAAGCUCGUGCACUUUGACCAGGGCGGGCGCAUCUUCACCUACGUGUUGACGCUCGACGGCAUGUUCCGGUUUACGGAGACGGGUAAGGAGUUCAGCAUCGACAUGCUUAGCAAGCAUACCAUGCACAGCGACGUCGAGACAUACAUUGCCUGCUCGGGCGAGUUCUUCAUCCGGCGGCUCGAGAAGCCCGACGCGUCGGAGGAGGCGGAUCCGCCUGAACGAACGCACCCUAGCGACGAGCUGCCCAACGGCCCGCCGAACGAGCACCCGCCGCAUAAUCCCUCGUACUACCAGCUCUACAUCGACAACGACUCGGGCACCUACCGACCAGACAAGUCGAUCCUGCCGAAACUCAAAGAGUUCUUCGAGGCCAACUUCCCGGGGUUGGGCAUCGUGGUGAUGCACUGCGAGGACGAGAAGCUGCAAAAGCUCAAGAAGGAGCAGGUCGAGGCCAAGAAGAAGGAGGGCAAGAUGAUCAACAUGGUGGCGCGGAGUCCCAGCUCGAGCUCGCUCAGCUCCAACGAGAGCGCGCUGGAGCACAUGGACGAGGCUGGGUAUGAUGGUGAGCCGGUCAAGAGUACGACGCAGAAGGCGCUUGAUGCGUUGGAGGACCCGAGUAGUUUGAAGAGGAUGCUGAAGCCGGGGCAUCAUGGGGGAGGAGAGAGCUCGACGGCUCAUUAG